UAAGAACUUCGGGCUGAAACUCGAACAAGAAGAAGAAGAAAGAAAAAAAAGAAAGCCUCUCACCAAUUAGAAAGCUAAAGAGUUAAAAAAGUCAUCGACUGUCUUCAUUCCACAAGUCGUACUCUCUCCUCUGGAAAACCUAGAAGCAAUGAAGCCUCGUUAGAUACGCGUCAAUGGAUUGUUAAUCGCAGGAGAAGCACGCUCGCUCUUAGGGUUUCUCUCUAUCUCUCUCUCGAUUUUCUCUUUGGGUAAUGGCGUUGUUUCUCUGAAUUAACAUUUUCUCUCGCAGAUAUUUAGUUCUAGUUUCUGGCCUAACAAUGAGUGGUUCGGGGAGAAAACAACGUGUUUCGAAAUGGGAUACCAAGGAAGAAGAAACUCAGCAUCUUAGUGGGAACGAUUACAUUGGGAAAUCAAAUUCUUACUUCCGUGACGAAGAUUCCGAGCAUGGACGGUUUUAUCCGGAGAGUAACGGUAGAAACGGAGGAAGCAGGAGGUCGUCUGCUCCUGAUGAUGACGAUGAGCAUCUGAAGUCUAGACAACACUCAGGAGAAGCUUGGCCUCCCAGAAGCAGCAGAGUCUCACAUGACGACGGUGACGCCAUGAUGGGUUACUACGAUACUAGAAAGUCUACUGAGCAAGAUGAAAUCAGACAACCGUAUUUCCGCCAGUCACCUUCGAGGGACAGGCCUAGGACCCGUAGGAGUGGAAGUAGAAGUAACAGCAGGAGCCGUAGCCGUAGCAGGAGCCCAAUGCAGAGAGUUAGGCGAGAUGCAGGAGGAUCCUAUGACAGACACAAGACGAGAGCACGUGUUUCGCCACGGUCGGGGAGAGAAAUCGAUGGUAGUCGAUACAAUAGAGCUGGUGGUGACUAUGACUGGGAAGCCAAGAGUAGAAAGACCAAAUAUUACAGCGAAGAUCCGCGAGAACAACAUCCCGUGAGAGUUGGUGGGAGAUCUGACUAUGGCUCUGAUUUUCCAGAGGAUAGUAAUAACUCAAGAAGAAGGGAUGCUCCUAAGGGAGAAUACAACAGAGUCUCCAAUGUUCCUUGCAGGUAUUUUGCUUCGGGGAACUGUCGUAACGGCACGAGCUGCAGGUUUUCUCACCAUGGUGCGAGGGGAAGUCCUGAGAGAAAGCCUGAGAUGUUUAGUAAUAGCAAUCACAGCGGCGCAACAGAGAGGAUGCGGAACAGUCAGAGAUGGAACGAUUUCGAAAGAUCAGACACAGGAAAGUCCAGUGAUGUCGAGAUGUCUCGUGUCAGUGGCAGAGUUAUGUCUGGUGCUAAGGGUAAUAAUGGAAGCAGCUGGAUUGAUGAUAUGGAGAUGUCUCCAGAUUGGAAUUACGGAGUUAAACCGUUGAAGAAACCCGUGAACGAAGAGCACAGUGUCAUCAUACCUCAGAGCUCGCAAUCACAAUCACAAUCACAAUCACAAUCACGAGUCCUUAAAGAUAACUUAGCGCCUGGUUACGAGCAUGGCUCUGUAGCUAUAUCUCAGCAAGAUGGAAGUCGAAGAAUGUUUUCAAACGUGGGAGAAAAGACUGUAGCUUCUUCGCAUCAUAGUUUCGGCAACAACCUCCCUGCUCCUCCGGUUCAAGCAUUCAAUCAAAACAACAUUGAGAGUCUUAGCGCAGUGCCUCCUUACCAAAGCAUACCACUAGCAGUUGGAGGGAGUCAAAUGCUGCUGCCUCCUGCUGCUUCGAAUCUUCCCGGUGCUGGCUUAAGCUCGACCAAUCCUGAGAAUGGGAAUGCUCAAAGCAACACUGUGAGCAGGGAAGAGCUGAAUCAUAUUAGCAACAUCUCUGCAACUCUAGCACAGCUUUUCGGGAACGGUCAGCCGAUUCCGCAACUUCAUUCUACUUUGAAUCCGAAACAGGUGCAGGUUCCUGAAGAGUAUGGGAAAAAGGAACAGUCUUUACAUACUCAAAGCGACCUCCUCAGAGUUCCAGCAGUUACUGCGUCACAGAUAAACAACAGCGACGCACAACAAGUGCAGAUUCCUGACAACUUGGUCUCACUGGGUGGAAAUCUUAAGGCUUCUUGUGAGGAGAACAGAGACAAAAAGACAGAGGAAGAAGCUAGCAAGGAGCCAGAUGGGAGAAAGACUAGGGAAGAAGAAGAAGAAGAGAACGCCGAGGAUGCUGAGAACGUAGUUGAGGAGGAAGAAGAUGAUGUGGCCGGAGAUGAAAACAACAAGAAAGACAAAGAUCCCAAGGGAAUGAGAGCGUUCAAAUUCGCGCUUGUGGAGAUUGUUAAGGAGCUUCUGAAACCAGCUUGGAAAGAAGGUGGGAUGAACAAAGACGCAUACAAAAACAUUGUCAAGAAGGUAGUUGACAAAGUUACAGGCGCGAUUCAAACGGGGAACGUUCCUCAGACACAAGAGAAGAUCGAUCAUUAUCUAUCAGCUUCAAAACCAAAGCUUACCAAGCUUGUUCAGGCAUAUGUUAGCAAAGUUAAGAAGAGCUAAUUUAAAUGAAACUCCAUUGUUUCAUAUUGCAAAUCCACCAUCAAAGCUUGGACUGCUGAGAAAUGUUUAAACUUCUGCUUCUCUUGGAGGUUUUAGGUAAGGAUCAGGCAAGCAGCAAGCUUAUGCUUGCUUCCUGUCUUCAGUUGUGUGUAGAUAUACCACAGAGAUUUUGUCAGGAAAUGAGAGAUUUGUUUUUCUUUGGUUGAUUUAAUAAUUUAGUGGAAAUUAGUAGACAAGACCAAAAGCUUCAUUUAUCGUUCUGUGUUGUCAGAAUAUAGAAAGGUAGAUCAAGUUCCAUCCAUGAUUGAUUAUCAAAUCUCUGUUCUUGACAUGUCGAUUUUCUAUUUUGUCUUGUAACGCUUUUGUUCUUUACCAGAUUCGACCUCUGUUUUUUUAUCUGAACCAUUUGUUCGACCUUAUGCAAUCUUCUUAUAUUAUCUGUAAUUUAAAAAAUGAGAUUUUAGUUGACGAAAUUGGCAAAGUUUA